CCCUCGGGAAAGACUCAGACACACGCACUUUGAGAGAAUUUUUAUUUUUUUGAGAUGGCAAACGUGAAGCUUCAUUCCCAUACUGUUUCUUGGGUUAGAGGAAAGUGUAUAGGCAAAGGGUCUUUUGGUUCCGUAAGUAUUGGAGUCAGCAAAUCGGACGGUCAUGUUUUCGCCGUCAAGUCCGUGGAUCGGUACACGUGUCUUCCUGGUCAGAUGGAAGCUUUGGAGAACGAAAUUCGAAUUCUCCGAUCGUUAUCUUCUCCUUACGUGGUUGGGUAUCUCGGAGACGACGAGGAUCAGGAAACGGCGUCGUGCAGCAGGAACCUUCAUAUGGAAUAUGUGCCAGGUGGCACCGUCGCUGACGUGGCCACACGGCGUUUCGGUUCUGACGUGGACGAGAGGAUUAUACGGUCGCAUACCUGGUGUAUAGUGUCGGCGUUGAGGUACGUACACGCCAGGGGCAUUGUUCACUGCGACGUCAAGGGGAAGAAUAUCUUGGUGGGCCCGAGUCAUAUCCACGCUAAACUCGCCGAUUUCGGAUCGGCUAUGGAAAUCUCCGGCCGAGCCUGUGGGGCUCCGAUUGUGCCACGUGGAAGCCCACUGUGGAUGGCGCCGGAAGUGGUUCGCGGCGAAUCGCAGGGACCAAAGUCUGAUAUCUGGUCCUUGGGCUGCACGAUCAUCGAGAUGAUCACCGGAAAACCGGCAUGGGAGGAUCGCGGCGCCGAUGCACUGGCUCGUAUCGGGUUCUCCGACGAGUUACCCGAAUUCCCAACCGAGCUGUCCGAAACGGGUCGUGAUUUCCUGAAAAGGUGUCUCGGGAGGGAUCCGACCCGGCGAUGGAACUGUGAUCAACUGCUGACGCAUCCUUUUUUAGCAUCGGCAGCGCCCAACUCGGUCGCCGACUCAUCUCCUCGCUGCGUACUCGACUGGGUUAACUCAGAGUUCGACGAAGAUGACAAUGAUGAAGAUCACUGUGAUUCGGAUGAUUCAAGUCUUGGUUUUAACAGUACUCUUGCGGUCAAAAACCGAAUUGGUAAAUUAAUUACAAAGUCAGUGGCAAAUUGGGAAUCGGAUGGUUGGGUGGUAGUGAGGGGUUUGGGUUGUGACGAAGAAAGCACAAACGAGAAUCGCAGUGCGGACGAAGAAGAAGGAACAAGUAGGGAAUAUCCCGAAUGGAGGAGGAGAGAAGAGGAAACAACGGGGACAAGUUCGGAAUAUUCGAAUUCUGGGUGGACUGUAUUAGAAUAUUUAUUUAUUUUCGGUGACAGUGUUUUAAAAUGUAAUUACCGCGAGGAUAAUGAUAAUAAUGGGAUUGGAGGCAGAGCUGGCAAGAGCUGUAGUAGGCAUGGGUGGCAAAAGAGAGAUUCGGCGGUGGAUAGAGCAGGAAUAAUAAUAAUUAUAAUAAUCUUUUACAGCUUGUAUAGGAAUUCUAGUAUACUACCAUCUUAUAAUUUGACAAUAUUCUUCAAUAAAUUAUUAAAUCUUUUCAUUUGCUAUAUUCUCUUUUUAAGUUUCAUUUUUGGCCUCAAGUUGAAAAUAACCAAAUCAUGCAUUAUAUUAAUACAAUCAGGGAAGUAAAAAUCGGCGAGACAGUGGAAAUGUCGACGAUAAUUUCCGUUGUCGACGCUGUCCGACACCGACAGGGGGGGAAGAAGUUUCUUGCACGCGUGUCGUCGAUCUGUCGCCGGAAUCGAUGGAAGUCGACGGAAUCGGCCAUUGUCGGUGAAGAUGUCGGAUUUUGGGUGGAUAAGGUGGAAAGAUCGGGUGGGUUAUCGAUGGUAAAAUGUGGAAAUUUCUGGAUAUAUCGGUUCGGGGGGGGGGGGGAAUAAAUGGAAAUUGAUGCAGCAAACAAAGAAUUAAUCCAAUUUCCCAGCAUCCCAGCAGCAGAAAAAUACAGAAAAAAAAAAUCAAUUCAAUUUUCCAGCAGCAGAAAAAUACAGAAAAAAAUAAAAAAAACUAUGAUUGGGAAUGAGGGGAUCAUUCGGUUGGGGGGGGAAUGAGGGGAAAUUGAUGCAGCAUCCCAGCAGCAGAAAAAUACAGAAAAAAAUAAAAAAAACUAUGAUUAGGAAUGAGGGGAUCAUUCGGUUGGGGGGGGGGAAUGAGGGGAAAUUGAUGCAGCAUCCCAGCAGCAGAAAAAUACAGAAAAAAAUAAAAAAAAAUCAGUUCAAUUUCCCAGCAGCAGAAAAAUACAGAAAAAAAUAAAAAAAACUAUGAUUGGGAAUGGGGGGAUCAUUCGGUUGGGGGUGGAAUGAGGGGAAAUUGAUGCAGCAUCCCAGCAGCAGAAAAAUACAGAAAAAAAUGAAAAAUCAAUCCAAUUUCCCAGCAUCCCAGCAGCAGAGCAG